AUGGGCAACGCGGCAGGCAGCGCGGAGCAGCCAGCGGGCCCCGCCGCGCCGUCCCCCAAGCAGCCCGCGGCGCCCAAGCAGCCGAUGCCCGCGGCGCAAGAGCUGGAGGAAAGGUUUAACCGGGUUCUGAACUGCAUGAACUUGCCGCCAGACAAGGUGCAGCUGCUGAGCCAGUAUGACAACGAGAAGAAGUGGGAGCUCAUCUGUGACCAGGAGCGGUUUCAAGUCAAGAACCCUCCCACCGCCUAUAUCCAGAAGCUGAAGAGCUACCUGGAAACUGGUGGGGUCGGCCGCAAGGUAGCGACGGACUGGAUGUCUAACCUGGGGUUUAAGAGGCGAGUUCAGGAGUCCACACAGGUUCUGCGGGAGCUGGAGAUCUCCCUGAGGACAAACCAUAUUGGGUGGGUGGAGGAGUUCCUCAACGAGGAGAACCGCGGCCUGGAUGUGCUCCUCGAGUACCUGGCCUUUGCCCAGUGCUCCGUCACGUAUGACAUGGAGAGCGCAGACAAUGGGGUCUCCGCCUCGGAGAGGAGCAAGCCCCUGGAGCAGUCUGUGGAAGAUCUCAGCAAGGGGCCGCCCUCGGCCUUGCCUCCCCAGUCCAAGAGCCGCCACCUGACCAUCAAGUGCCCCCCCUCUCCCCGGCUGACCCCUGCCCACAGCAGGAAGGCCCUGCGGAAUUCUCGCAUCGUUAGUCAGAAGGAUGACGUCCACGUGUGUAUCAUGUGCUUGCGUGCCAUCAUGAACUACCAGUCUGGCUUCAGCCUCGUCAUGACCCACCCGGCCUGUGUCAAUGAGAUUGCUCUGAGCCUCAACAACAAGAACCCCAGGACCAAGGCUCUGGUGUUGGAGCUGCUGGCGGCCGUGUGCCUGGUGCGAGGAGGGCAUGACAUCAUCCUGGCGGCCUUUGACAACUUCAAGGAGGUGUGUGGAGAGCAGCACCGCUUUGAAAAGCUGAUGGAAUAUUUCCAGAAAGAGGACAGCAACAUUGACUUCAUGGUGGCCUGUAUGCAGUUCAUCAACAUCGUGGUACACUCAGUGGAGAACAUGAACUUCCGUGUCUUCCUGCAAUAUGAGUUCACCCACCUGGGCCUGGACUUGUACUUGGAGAGGCUGCGGCUCACAGAGAGCGACAAGCUGCAGGUGCAGAUCCAAGCGUAUUUGGACAAUGUUUUUGAUGUGGGUGCGCUGCUGGAGGACACGGAAACCAAGAAUGCUGUGCUGGAACACAUGGAGGAGCUGCAGGAGCAGGUGGCCCUGCUGACAGAGAAGCUUCGGGACGCAGAGAACGAAUCCAUGGCCAAGAUUGCCGAGCUGGAAAAGCAGCUAAGCCAGGCUCGAAAGGAAUUGGAGACCCUGCGGGAGCGCUUCAGCCAGGCGACCUCCAUGGGCGCCUCCAGGCGUCCCCCUGAGCCUGAGAAAGUGCCUACCUCCGUCCCGGUGCGGCCCUCCGCCCUAGAGCUGAAGGUGGAGGAGCUGGAGGAGAAGGGGUUAAUCCGUAUCGUGCGGGGGCCCGGGGAUGCUGUCUCCAUCGAGAUCCUUCCGGUCGCUGUGGCAACUCCCAGCGGCAGUGAUGGCCCGACUCCUCCGGGAGUGCCCACCCGCUCGCCCAGCCCAGGCUCAGAUCUCCCACUUGCGGCAGAGCCGGUUCCCGGAGGAGCACCCCCACCGCCACCUCCACCGCCACCUCCCCCACUUCCCAGCCUCCCCCACCAGCAGGAAGUCCCGCAUUCGGCACCCCCACUGGUCUCACCCCUCCCUGGAGGCUCCGAGCCCCCACCCCCACCGCCGCUGCCGGGAGACUUGCCACCCCCACCCCCGCCGCCACCGCUGCCUCCUGGCGCAGAUGGACCAGUGCCUCCGCCACCUCCCCCGCCUCCAGGAGGUCCCUCUGGAGAGUCGGGUCCUGAGAUGGCCUCAGGAGUGAAGACCAAGAAACCCAUACAGACCAAGUUCAGAAUGCCACUCUUGAACUGGGUGGCACUGAAACCCAACCAGAUCACGGGCACUGUGUUCACUGAGCUCAAUGAUGAGAAGGUGCUACAGGAGCUAGACAUGAGUGACUUUGAGGAACAGUUCAAGACUAAGUCCCAAGGUCCCAGCCUAGACCUCAGUGCUCUCAAGGGUAAGGCAGCCCAGAAGGCCCCCAGCAAGGCCACCCUCAUUGAGGCCAACCGGGCCAAGAACCUGGCGAUCACCUUGCGCAAGGGCAACCUGGGGGCUGACCGCAUCUGCCAGGCCAUCGAGACGUAUGACCUACAGGCCCUUGGCCUGGACUUCCUGGAGCUGCUGACCCGCUUUCUGCCCACGGAGUACGAGCGGAGCCUGAUCGCCCGCUUUGAGCAGGAGCAUCGACCCAUGGAGGAGCUGUCAGAGGAGGACCGCUUCAUGCUACGCUUCAGCCGCAUCCCACGCCUGCCGGAGCGCAUGGCCACGCUCACCUUCCUGGGCAACUUUCCGGACACUGUCCAGCUGCUCAUGCCGCAACUGAAUGCCAUAAUCGCAGCCUCAAUGUCCAUCAAGUCCUCUGACAAGCUACGCCAGAUCCUGGAGAUUGUCCUGGCCUUUGGCAACUAUAUGAACAGCAGCAAGCGUGGGGCAGCCUAUGGCUUCCGGCUCCAAAGUCUGGAUGUGCUGCUGGAGAUGAAGUCGACUGACCGCAAGCAGACGCUGCUGCACUACCUGGUGAAGGUCAUUGCCGAGAAGUACCCACAGCUCACGGGCUUCCACAGCGACCUGCACUUCUUAGACAAGGCGGGCUCAGUGUCCUUGGACAGCGUCCUGGGGGAUGUGCGCUCCCUGCAGCGAGGCCUGGAGUUGACCCAGCGAGAGUUUGUGCGGCAGGACGACUGCACAGUGCUCAAGGAAUUCCUGAGGGCCAACUCGCCCACCAUGGACAAGCUGCUGGCAGACAGCAAGACCGCUCAGGAGGCCUACGAGUCCGUGGUGGAGUACUUCGGAGAGAACCCCAAGACCACGUCCCCCUCCAUGUUCUUCUCCCUCUUUAGCCGCUUCAUCAAGGCCUACAAGAAAGCCGAGCAGGAGGUGGAACAGUGGAAGAAGGAAGCAGUAGCCCAGGAGGCAGGCGCUGACGUCCCCAGCAAAGAGGAAGCCCCAGCACCGAAGGCCCGGCGGCAGCAGAUGGACCUCAUCUCUGAGCUGAAGCGGAAGCAGCAGAAGGAGCCGCUCAUCUAUGAGAGUGACCGCGAUGGGGCCAUUGAAGAUAUCAUCACAGAUCUGCGGAACCAGCCCUACAUCCGCUCAGACACAGGCCGCAGAAGCGCUCGCCGGCGCCCCCCAGGACCCCCCCUGCAGGUCACCUCGGAUCUCUCGCUGUAACUGCUGUUUCUGCACAAGGACUCAGUGGGGAAUGGGGGAUGGCAAGCAGGGGGGCCCAAGGAAGGUGGUCCUCAGCUCGGCUGGGCCGGGCAGCCCCCUCUGCCGCUGCUGCCAUUCUCCGCGAUGGUCCCACCUCAAGUGGUCAGGUGCAGGGGCAUGGGGAGGACAGCAUCGCCAGCCCCUCCCCCAAGUGCUGCUUGCAGCACCCCUCUCUCCCUAAUAGCCAUACUUAGCCUCAGCCGGAGCCUGGCCUGUAACUUAUAAAGUGCAACCUCGCGCUCUAUCCCCAGCUCCGGAAACUCUCCACGGACCUUAUUUUUAUACAAGAUUAAUAAAGAUGUUUGCAAAA